AUGUUCUCUUUGACUUCUUGUAGACUGAUUGGAUCAUCGGCCAAGUUGUUGGCUACAGAAGGAGAGAUUCGGAUCACAAAUUUAUUAGCAAACAAGUACCAGACGGCAUCUAAAAUUGAGGUUCAUGAUGUGUCAAGUAAGUCUGAAUGAUGACUAUUUUAUAUUAUUAUAAUUUACAAGGGAAUGGUCUGAACUUCCCCCAGCGUUAAGGAAAAUGGCUAGUACAGGUGGAUAGAGCAGGUCGACUUUGGUAGAAAAAGGCAAUUUCCAGCUGCAAAAUAAGCACCGCCGACGAGAAAAAUCGACCGAAAUUUCCGAAAAAAUUUCCUCUUUCUCUUCCCUCGGAAAAGAAGAGGAGCAUCCAGUGGUUCGGUUGGUCGAGUGGAUAGAGCGUCCGCUCGAUAUCCUUUUGGGGGUUGGUUCGAUUCCGGGGCAGCGCGAGUGGCUAUGAUAAGGCUUCAGUGAACAAGAUAAAUUCUUGUGAACCAAAAAAAAAAAUAUUUUGCAAUUUUUCGAUUUUCUAGUGAUCAUAAAACACAUAAUAAUAAAGGAUUUCUAUGUAAAUUCCUCCAUUUUUUCUGCAAGAUUCCAGAACGGUUCCAGUCAUAUUCAAUAAUCUAGCCAUGGACUGUCUGUUUUCCGAACACUAGUGGACGUUUGUCAAAAACCCCGAUGUGAUCAAGAUGUGCUUCAGUUUGCUCCUUAUUGGAGUAUGAUUGGGAACGUUCUGGAAUCUUCUAGAAAAAAAUUGGCGGAAUUUACAUGGAAAUCCUUUUUUUAUGUGUUUUAUGAUCUCUAGAAGAUCGAAAAAUUGCAAAAUAUUUUUUUCUUGGUUCACAAGAAUUUAUCUUGGUCACUGAAGCCUUAUCAUAGCCACUCGCGCUGCCCCGGAAUCGAACCAACCCCCAAAAGGAUAUCGAGCGGACGCUCUAUCCACUCGACCAACCGAACCACUGGAUGCUCCUCUUCUUUUCCGAGGGAAGAGAAAGAGGAAAUUUUUUCGGAAAUUUCGGUCGAUUUUUCUCGUCGGCAGUGCUUAUUUUGCAGCUGGAAAUUGCCUUUUUCCACCAAAGUCGACCUGCUCUAUCCACCUGUACUAGCCAUUUUCCUUAACGCUGGGGGAAGUUCAGACCAUUCCCUUGUUAGAUGGAUGCGGAUCGAUGUAUCAAAUAAUUGUUCAUACUCCGCAAUUCAAAGGUCGAAUGAAAUUGGAUCAGCAUAAGGAAAUAACGAGUCUUCUGAAGGAUGAGAUCAAGUCAAUGCACGGGCUCAACAUUGAAACCAAAGCUCAAUAA